AUGCCUUUUUAUCUUUCCUUUUUUUUAUUACUUGUUUAUAACAUUGUAAUAAAAGUAUAUGGUUGUAUUCAAAAUUUUGGAGUUACUAAAAAAAAUGAAUUAUUAUAUAUAAACAAUAAAUUUUUAUUAUGUGACAAGAGGUUUAAAAAAAAUAAAUAUAAUAUAAAUAAAAAUGUUAAUUGUAAUUUUUAUACAUCAUGUUCCAGAAGAAAUAAUAAUGUAGUUUAUUUUAAUAAAGAUAAAACAACAUUUGUAAGUUUAUUAAAUUCGCCUAUUGUAGGUAUUAAAAUAAAUGAUGAUAAAUGUAAUGCGGAUGUUAUAGAAGAACAGGAUCGCAAAGAUAAGGAAGAAAAAAAAAAAAAUGUAAAAGAUGAUUUAAAGAAUGUAAGUAACCAUCUUAUAAAGAAUAUAUAUACUAUAAAUAAUCUUCCUAAUCAUAAGAAUAAUUAUAAUUUAAUUAAUCUACAUCAUAAUGAAGAACCCUUUGCUGCUUUUUCCCCACAAUUUAAUAAUUAUUCAAUAUUAAAAGAAAAAAAAAAUAUAUAUUUUUAUAAACAUAGAAAUAAAUUAAAUGAUUGGUUAUGUACACAUUAUUUUCCACAAAAUAUAUCGUGUAGGUAUAUAAAAAAUGUAGUAUCUAAUUUUAGACUUUACGAUUUUAAUAUUAAGGAAAAUAUAUUGUAUCAUUUGUUGUUAAUGUAUAUUUAUUAUAAUAAGAAUGAUUAUAUGUCGUUUGAGAAAAAAAUAAAGUUAUUAAAUAUUGUUGAUCAAAAUAAAUAUAAGUUUAUAUUAGACCAUGCAAGGGUAUUACAUAAGGUGAUAAAAAAAGAAAAAUAUAAAAUCAUUAAACAUAUAUAUAAUGAAAAAAAUAAAGAAAGCAAUGUACAUAAUAAAAUUAAUGAUGAGAGACAUAAUACAAUACCUAUUUAUAAUAUAGAAUAUAAUAAUAAUAAUUCAUAUGAUGAUAUUAAUUAUAAUAACAAAAUUAUUGAUACGUAUUUAAAAAUGAGAAAAAAAUUAAAUAUUCUUUUUGUAACUUUAAAAAUAGAAAAUAAACAAAAUGUAUAUAAAAUAUAUAAAAAAAUAAAAAGAAAUAUAACAUUUUAUGAUUUUUAUGAUCGCUUACUUAUUUUGAAUUAUUUUCAUAUAUCUCAUAAACAUCGUUUAGUAUUAAUGUUUUUUAAAAAAUAUAUAUACAAGUUAUUAAAUAAACAAAAUAGUUUUAUAAUAAAUUUUAUAAAUUCUUUUUUUUCUCAAAAUAAUAUUUUAUCAAAAUAUAUGAUAUAUCCAAAAAGUACAUAUAAUUAUUCUUUAUAUAGUGUUAUACAAACACAUGAAAAUACAUAUGAACAUAUAAAAGAUAAAUACAAAUUAUAUUAUGUACCUAUAAAUACAUCGAAUUUUAUAGAGUAUUAUAUGAAAAAUUUUUUUUUUCCAUCCUAUUCACCACUCCAUAGAUAUAAUAAUAAUAACAUAUAUCAUAAUACAUUGGACACAAAAUUUUUAUUAUAUUUAAAUAUGUUACAUUCAUUUUUAGAAAUGAAAAAUUUUUAUUUUAUUAAUAAAUUUAUAGAACAAUUUUGCACGUACUAUUCAAACAAUAUAACUAAUCAUGUAAUAUAUGAUGAUCAUAAAUGGUCCCUUUUUAUUUUAACACUAUCCUUUUUAAUGAGAUAUGUAUAUAUGAAAAGAAAAUUUCAUAUAAUUAAUUUAAAAGAACAUCAAGAUUAUAUAUGUACACAUUAUGGAAAAGAAAGUGAUGAAUAUAAAAUGAAGGAUAUUAAAAAAGAAAAAAAUCAAAUGAAAAAAAUAAAGGAAAAGAAAUAUCUUCUUCAUAAUAAAGAUGAUAAUUACUUAUCAUAUCCUAUUCAUAUUUACAAUGAGAAUAUUUUUAAUUAUGAGCAAAAUUCUUGUAUGACGAAUUCUUAUGAUAAUUUAAAUCAUCAUAUAAUUUCAUAUAUUAAAAAUGUAAUGACAAGCACACAUAAACAUAAUAAACGAAAAAGUAUGUAUAAAAAUAUAUCCGUUUUAUUAUUUUUACAAUAUGUUUUUUUGCUUAAUUUAAAUAUAGACACUACUCAUUUUUUAAAUAAAAAGUCAGAUACAUAUUUUGAAAAUAGCUAUAAUUUAGGAGGUACACAUAACGAAAAGGAUCCAUGUAAUAAGAAAGAAAAGUGUAAUGAAAAUGUUAAUUCGAAAUUUGAGAGGAUAGAAAAAAAAGAAAAUAAUAAAAAUCAAUAUCGUGAUGAUAAUAAUAAAUAUUGUGAUGAUAAUAAUAAAUACUGUGAUGAUAAUAAUAACUAUUGUGAUGAUAAUAAUAAAUAUUGUGAUGAUAAUAAUAAAUAUUGUGAUGAUAAUAAUAAAUAUUGUGAUGAUAAUAAUAACUAUUGUGAUAAUAAUAAUAAUUAUGCCGAAAGCAAAGGUAAGACUUAUAAUAUAUCAACUUUUUUCCCCUCACAUGACAAAAAUAUAACGAAAGAUACCUAUUUAGAUUCUAAUAAUUUUUUAUUAUGUUUUCUUAUUAAAGGAUAUAAAAAUAUUUUAAAAAGUUGCUUGAAAGAAACAAAUUCAAUAAGUGACAGCAUGAUGUUUUAUAAUUACAACUUUGAACAAUUAUAUUAUUUUAUCGAAACAUAUUUAAAUGAUUAUAUAAAUAAAUAUUAUUUAAUAAUUAAUGAUAAAAAUAAACAAGAUGAAAUAAUUUUAAAUAUAAAACCUAUUUUAGAUUUGUUUCAAAUAAAUAUUCUCUUUUUUUUUAAAUUAUUACAUGUAUUAGAUAUAUGUAAUUAUAAAAAUAUUACCCUAUCUAUUAUAAAUAAGUGUAAACAAAAAAAAUGGUUUAAAAUUAUUAAUAGAAAGGUUAUAAAAUUAUUAAUAAAUAAAUUUAAAUGUAGAAAUAAUAAAAAUUAUAAAAAUUAUGAAAAUUAUAAAAAUUAUGAAAAUUAUAAAAAUUAUAAAAAUUAUAAAAAGAAUUUGUAUAUAUACUCCUUAACAUUUAUUGAAAAUAAAGCAAUAUCUGAAUAUAUGGAUAUAUAUAAUAAAUAUAAAAUAAUUAUAAAUUCAUAUGAUAAAAAAUGUAUUAAAAAAAAUUUCUAUUCAUUCAUUGAAGGAGAUAUCAAAAUAAAUGAAAAAAAAAAAAAAAAUAAAAUAAAAAAUAAAAUAAAAAAUAAUAAUAUUAAUAAUUAUAAUAUGUCAACAAAGAAGUGUUUUAAAAUAUUUAAGAAAUAUACCAUACCAUUAAAUAUAAAACAACUCUUCUUUCUUUUUCAUCAUCUACAAAAAUUUAAUUUAAAUUAUGAAAUUAUCCUUUUAUAUAACCAUUUGUUGAAAUAUAAUAAAUAUUUUAAGAGAAAUAUUUAUUUAGACAAAGAUACAGAAAUUAUGAGAAAAAAAAAGAAAGAUAUAAAAUCUUCAAGGCAUAUAUAUAGAAAUAUUUUUUCUAUUUAUAUUAAUUCCAUUUUAAGUGUAGAUAAUUCAUUAUUAUUAAAUAAUGAGGAAGAAAUAAUAAAAAAUAAAAAAAAUAAAAAAAUUAAAAUUAAAAUAAAAAAUUUCAUAUGUCCAUCUACAUAUUGUAUCCUUUAUAAAACCCCUUUGUAUAUAUUUCUUCAUUUUAUAAAAAAGUAUAGAAACAAGAAACUACAAAUCGCACAACAAGAAUGUGAUUAUACUUGCCAUGAUCAUUUUGAUGACGAUAAGAAUGUUUAUCCUUUACAGAAUAGGAAAUGUGUAGAAGAAGUUAAACAUAUGAAUAUAAUGCAAAAGGAGGAUCUCUUAAAAGAAGGGGAUCUCAUAAAAGAAGGGGAUCUCAUAAAAGAAGGGGAUCUCAUAAAAGAAGGGGAUCUCAUAAAAAAAGAGGAUCUCAUAAAAGAAGGGGAUCUCAUAAAAGAAGGGGAUCUCAUAAAAAAUGAUGAUAAUAUAAACCGUGUGAAUAACCUAAAAAAUGAUGAUAAUAUAAACCAUAUUAACCAUGGCUCUAUUAAUAUUAAAAACUCCAUUGAACAUAUAAUAGGUGGAAACGAUUUCUUUACUUCCCUUGAUGAAGAGACAUUAAAGAAAUUCAAAAAAAGUAAACUGGUGAACAAAUUUUUUAAUGAUGCACAUAAUGCUACAUAUAAAUUAUUAACCAAAAAAGACUACACAUUAAUAUUUUAUAUUAUAAUGAAAUAUAUAUAUAAACAUAAAAUAAAAUAUACAUAUGACAUUUUAUGUAAUGAUAAAGAAAAUAAUUUAAAUAUAAAGAAAAAAAAUAAAAAUAGGAAUAAAUAUUAUAAUAAUAUAUUAUAUAUAUAUUUAUAUUUUUUAUUGACCUUAAAAUGUUAUAUGAAUAUAUAUAAAAUGGAUCAGAUAAAUUUUUUAAUUAUAUUAAAAAUAUUUUUAAUAAUGGGUGACAUGACUAGUUUUGAAAAUUUUCUUUUAAUAAAUAAAAAUAAGAAAUUGAUUGAUGAUAAUAUAUUAUAUAUAAAUUCUUUAAUAAAUAAUUAUUUUUUUGAUAGUUAUAAAAACAACAUAAAAGCAUUAAACGAAAAAGAUAAUAAUAUUAUAUUUCCUAUGGAAAAAGGAAUAUGUAUAGAUAUGUAUAUAAUGAAAGAUAAGAAUUUAUUAAUAUAUAAUUUAAAUUAUUACAAACUAGUUAAAAAAUUUUAUAACAUAUUUAAACAUGAGAAUAUAUUAAAAAUAUAUUUUUUCUUUGAUUGUAGAAAAAUAUCACACACAUUAUUAAAUUUAUCAUCAAUCUUUUAUAAUUUAUCAUUUUUAAACAAUCAACAAUUUGUAAAAUAUAUAUGUGAUAAAGAAAGAAUUUUAUUAUCUCCUAAAAAUAUUUAUGAGGUUUCUAAGUUUGUUAUAUUCUAUGGAAAUUGCAUGUUUAAAAAGAGCAAAAUUUUUGAAUUCUUAACAUCUUUUUGUAAAAAUGUUUCUAUUCAAAAAAAUGAUUUAAUUAAAGAUGCUUAUGUCUUUUCAAUCACAGGAGGAUAA